AUGGUGUUUCUCCGACUUUCAGUCAAAGUCUACCCGCGGGAGCAGCUGAGCUCAAACUCCAGCUCCAGCUGGGGCAGGACCCUCCUCGGCGCACGAAAGUCUACCAACGAUGACUCCAGCCAGGGAUCUGGUGUUUCAACAACAUUGAAGAAGCCCGGUGUCUUCUUGCUUGUCCUUGAACAUCCCGAAGACGUUUCGCUCGGCGGGCUCGCGGGAAUGAUACAAGAACAUUGGGCAAAGCUUCACCCAGAGCUGGAGCCGCUUGCGAUCAAGAAAAUCCUCGACGAUUCGAAGGAAGAUAUCGACCUUUACCCCGAUUUGACCGUUGCCGAUGUCUGGGUUGACUAUGGAAAAGCUCGCGCCGAUGGCCUUGACCAGCGUGGCUCUGUUCGCGUUAUUCAAAGGCCUACCGCGGCUGCGCCGGAGCGAUUCCCCUCUGUGGAUCAGGAUUGGGAUGCUGCUAUUGUUUCCUACGAACACAAGCGCGCCAUGAAGGAUAAAAAGGAAGCCAUGGAGACCCAAUUCCCUGCCAUCCAGGAAGAAGACGAAGAAGAUAGCACCGAAUCGCGACGUACUCACUCUCGGUCUUUGUCUCAAUCUCACAUCGAAUGGGAACAUUCGCCUGAAUCGCCUCGAAAUACCACCAAUGAGCUGCAUGUCUCAACUAAGAAGUCACUAGUUGAGCACCGCCAUCGUGAUUUGCCUGUUUCUUCGGUUGAAAUCCGCAGUCCCGUCACCACUCUUCCACCAGCAAAAUCCAUCGGUCCUACAAUUGCUGGUACGCCGCCUCCCAGACGCGAGAGUGAGGAGCUUGGCGAGUCUCCAUCACCAGGCGAGCGACGAACUUCCAGCGUCAGAUCCAAACAUACCCCUGCAUCCGUAGUUUCCGGGUCCACGGCACCACAGUCUAAACCGCAAAAGCUUGCAAAGUUGCCAAUUGCGAGUAGCACAGCUACACGGAGUAUUACACAAAUGCCUGACGACGCGGAGUCCCCACCUAUGUCUUCUGCACCCAAAGAUAUCAAUUCCCACCAACAGACGCAGUCUACCGAGGAGGCUACCGCGAGCUCGAGUGACAUCGAAUCAGAGUCUGCUCCACAACAUAUCGUGGACAUGCCACUCAAGUCGGGCAUGACCAAUGGAGUCAAUGGACAAGGACAUUUGGCCGAGGUGGCUAAGAUUGUAUCCCAAUCCGCGCAGAAAAAGCAAGCGGAAACGUUGACCGAGCUCUCCAGUGAGGAGUCGAGUGAAGAGGAAAGCGAUAGUGAGGACGAUACGGCUGAAGCGGAGGAGAAGAAGACCGCCAAGCAGGAUCAAAGAAAAACAGAAGAUCAGACUGGUUCUGACGACUCUGACUCUGACUCUGAUUCUGAUUCCGAUUCCGAUUCCGAAUCCGAAUCCGACUCUGACGCCAGCGAAGAGAAUGGACCCAAGAAUGAGCCUAUCACGCCUCGGAUUGAACAUUCAAUUUCUAUUAGCAAGGAUGGGGGUGUGAUUGACGCAGAGGGUGAUGUACAGAUGGAAGAGCCCAUUGUAACUAGCUCCCAGUCCUCAGAUCAAUCGGGUCUCUCGGUGUCGAAACCCAAACCCAACAGUACAACCCAUGAUACUAGAUCUCGCAAGCGGAAGCAGGCCUCCGAAGAUCCCACAUCGACAGGCCCACCCCUCAACCCGACCCCCAUCUACCCCCCUCGCUCUGUGCCUGCGGUCAUUGUGCCCUCUCAACAGGCUUGGCAGUCUGAGUCGAAGUCGCCAGCUGCCCAAAUGAGCCCAGUGCGCACACGGAUCCGUGCGCCUUCAUUCUCGAGCCCGGCUCGACAAGCCAGUGUCCGAGAGGAAAACAAAACGCCUCCCAAAAACUUUCAGCCUGGAAUGGGAUUGGGUAUUACACAGAGCCCUUCCAGCCAUCAACCCGUUAUCGUGGAUCUUUCGCAGGAAUCCAACGUAACAUCCACCCAGGAUUCUUUUGGCGGGCCGCUUUUCCCAAGUAGCAUCGUGACUACUACCGAUGCGCCUUGCUCUACUCCUAUUAACAAGCAUACUCCUGCGAUUGACAGAACAAAAAACCUCCACUCCGUUCUCCGUGGCAAGGAUUCCCCGGCAAUUGAGAGGCGAUCCGUGUCUUUCGCCGAGGGGGAGAACCUUGCUUCUAGCUUCGAUCCUGCUCCGCGCUCCACUCCGCGCAAUAGUGCGAUUAGUUCCAAAUCGGCCCCUACCACCAAUACCAAAGAGACGCCUUCAAGCGCAACCCCACAAAAUACCAAGUCGAAGCUUAAGUCCGCACAGCAAACGCCUACCUCCGCCGUCAAAUCUACCCCAAGAAAACCUUCGACCUCCAAGUCUAGCAAAGCCACACCCAAGGGCAAGGUUAAUGACCCAACGCCCAACUCUACUUCUAAACAUCCUCAGGCAACACCAUCCAGCGGAGAUGUGGUCUACCCACCCGGCUUUGAUGUCGCCCUGUUGACUCAGCAAAUUGAGGCCGAAAAGAAGAUCAAGGCACAGUCUAAGGCGGACGAGAAACUGCUAAGGGAGAAGGAAACAGCGGAGAGGAAAGAAAUUGAGCGCAAGCUUCCAGAAAGUUUUGAUCCCCAGCUUACGAUCAUUCUGACUGAGAUGCACAAGAUCUUGCAGAGAUUGGCCAACACCAAGCUGGAAUUGGUCAAGCGAAGCCCGCUCCGCGUCAAGCUUGAAGCCAUGCGCGAGGAUCUGAAAGUGUGUGAACAGAGGUUAGAGGCGAAAAAGUCCACCCCUCGGCAAGCUGUCGUGUCGAAACCAAAACCAACCCUCAAGGACAUGCUGAGCAGCCAAAGGGAGGAACUGGCUGCUAAGCUGCGACCUGAGCCCAAGUCUGCCCCAGCUCCCCGCAGUGAUGUUUACGAAGUGCCCAGCUCCAGCGAGUCUGAGUCAGAUUCUGAGUCAGAUUCUGACAGCAGUGACAGCGACAGCGAUAGCGACUCGGGCGAUAUCAUGCCCGACGGCCACUCAGUCAAAUUACGCCAGCCCCGAUCUCAGCGGUCCAAAUAA